ACACUCUGGUUACUUUGAGGAGCUCCGGGUUUGUGCCGCUCGUGUGUUUCUUUCUUUCCUGAGCACGGCGCUUGUAUUUGACCGGGCUCGAAGUCAUUAUCCGAAUAAAUCAGCAAUCUCAUUAAAAGCUCCUCUUUCCUGAGGCGGACGUGUAGACGCGUUUCCAUAAUGUUGCCCGUGUUAUUCUUCGUCUUUGUGGCCGCAGUGGCGCGCGCCAGUGAUGUGCUCGAGUUUACAGAUGACGAUUUCGAGAGCAGAAUCGGGGACCACGACUUAAUCCUUGUUGAAUUUUUUGCACCCUGGUGUGGUCACUGUAAGAGACUUGCUCCAGAGUAUGAGGCUGCUGCUACUCGCCUGAAAGGCAUUGUCCCAAUCGCCAAGGUGGACUGCACAGCCAACUCCAAUGUAUGCAGUAAGUACGGUGUAAGCGGCUACCCAACCCUGAAGAUUUUCAGAAGUGGUGAGGAUUCUGGGGCUUAUGAUGGACCAAGAACUGCAGAUGGGAUUGUGAGCCACCUUAAAAAGCAGGCAGGUCCAGCCUCAGUACAUCUGAAAUCUGAAGAUGAAUUUGUGAAAUUCAUUGGAGACCGUGAUGCCAGUGUUGUUGGAUUCUUUGCCGAUGCUGGAAGUGCCGCAGAGACCGAGUUCCUGAAGUCGGCCAGCGCUUUAAGGGAAUCGUACCGCUUUGCUCACACGAACGUGGACGCACUGCUGAAGAAGCACAACGUCGAGGGAGAGGGCGUCAUCCUCUUCCGGCCACCUCAGCUCUCUAAUAAAUUUGAAGACAGCAGUGUUCUCUACGAUGAGGGGAAAUUCACUAACGCCAAGAUUAAGAAGUUCAUUCAAGACAACAUUUUUGGAAUGUGCCCUCACUUGACUGAUGACAACAAAGAUCAGCUGAAAGGCAAAGACCUGUUGGUGGCCUAUUACGAUGUGGACUAUGAGAAAAACCCCAAAGGGUCCAACUACUGGAGGAACAGGGUCAUGAAGGUGGCCAAGAGUUUCCUGGAUCAGGGAAAGAAGCUGAGCUUUGCAGUGGCCAGUAAAAAUGCCUUCAGCCAUGACGUGUCUGAGUUUGGUCUGGACUCCAGCAGUGGAGAGCUGCCUGUCGUGGCCAUCAGAACUGCCAAGGGCGAUAAAUACGUCAUGCAUGAGGAGUUUACCCGUGACGGUAAGGCCUUGGAGAAAUUCCUUCAGGAUUACUUUGAUGGAAAUCUGAAACGUUACCUGAAAUCUGAGCCCGUUCCUGAGAGUAACGAUGGCCCAGUCAAAGUUGUUGUGGCUGAGAACUUUGAGUCCAUUGUGAACGAUGAGAGUAAGGAUGUUCUCAUCGAGUUUUACGCCCCCUGGUGUGGCCACUGCAAGAGCCUUGAACCUAAAUACAAAGAACUUGGUGAGAAGCUCUCCAAUGAUCCCAACAUCGUCAUUGCCAAGAUGGAUGCCACUGCUAACGAUGUGCCCUCUCCAUAUGUUGUCACUGGGUUCCCCACAAUCUAUUUCUCACCAGCUGGGCAGAAACAGAGUCCGAAGAGAUAUGAGGGAGGUCGCGAAGUCGGCGACUUCGUUUCAUAUCUGAAGAAGGAGGCGUCUAACCCGGUGGUGGUAAAGGAGGAUGAGGACAAGAAGUCAAAGAAGAAGAAGAAGUCAGAGUUAUAAGGCACCAAACGGCAAGACAGGAAUCAUGUAGGGGAGCUAAAUUAUAUUCCAACUUUAGUGAACAACCGAAUGCUCUGACAUGUCGGCUCUCUCUUUUGGGCCAGCUGCUCUGGGGACACUGUGGAAGGUUGUCGUUGGCCAGGCCUUUGUGUGAAUUUAAAUAAUCUUAAACAGGUACAGUGUGGUCAAAUUGAGAUUCGCUUUCCCCACGCUGUACUUCCAACAGAUGCACUUUGGUUUUGAAACCAAGUCCCCGUCACGUUUUCUUUCUCAUGGGUGGGGGUGGGGGUCGGGUUUAGUGAAUGAUUAGGACUUUUCCCUUUGCUUUUUUGUACCAUAUCUUGUUUUUGUACAUUUGGAGAGAUUGUGAAAUAAAGGCCUACUAAACCAAAA